CUAUUCACCAUAACGAGGCAAAAGUGACGUCAUGUCGUAAGAUGGCCGACCAGCAUUAAACGAAGGUAACUUGGGAGAGGAUAAUUUUCUGCGUUAUUCAGCUUUCCUGGAAAGGAGCAGAUUUUGAAAAUGGCUGAGCCACAGUUUGAAGAUGCCUUUGAAGAUGCUGAAAGUGACUUUAUUGCAACUAAGCCUUCUACCAAUAUCAAUGGCACAUACAAUGGCACAGACACCACAAAUGGUGACCUUCCAGAAUCCCAGUCUAGUGAAGGAGAUAUGAAUAAUUUUAUUGAUGCUGAUGAAAGUGAAAAGGAAAAUUUUGAAGAUGUUGAAGAAGAGGAGGAAAUACAAGAUAUAGAAAAGGAGGAAGUUAAAAUUGAUGUUGCUUUAGAGAAUGGUUAUCUGGAGAUGCCAUCAAGAAGUGAGAGUUUGGCAGGUGUACAUGAAGAUAUGACAGAAAGUGAUAGUGACAGAGACAUUCCUGAUGAAGCAAUCCAUGAAGCAGACAACCAACAUAAUGUUAAUGAGGAGGAGGAAUCUGAUACUGAGGACACCGAAGACCAUCAUAAACAUCCAGAAGGAACAGAAGAGGUUGUGAAAGAUGAACAAAAUUUUGCGCUUGGUCGUGUUAGAAUGAAUGAACUUUUAAAUGGCAGUGUACAGGAUGAAUGUACUGAAGAUGAUCUACCAAACGAAAACAAUAGCAGAAUGCAUCAUGUAGAGGAGAGUGAUGAAGAAUCAUCAGAGGAAGAUGAGGAGGAAGAAAAUGAGCAUGUUGAUUUAAACAUUCAUGCACAGGAUCAUGUUGCUGGUUUAGCAUAUAAACGUGCAGUAGUUUUCCCACACCAGGAUGCUAAGUGUGAGGAUGAGCGAGGAUUUUCUGGAGUAAGUGACCAACGUGAUGGGAGUGAGAGUGAGUCUGCCGAAGCUGACAUGGAAUGUCCAGAGGAGGACUCAUCCCCAGGUACAUUUAGCGGCCCAGUCUGUGCACACGGAACCAUCCCGAUGCAUCAGGAAUUGAAAGAGGAUGAAGAAGAAAAUGAGGAUGAAGAAGAAGACCAAUGGGAAGACGAACACUUGCCUACAAAUAUGAACUAUUUAACUCAGCAACAAUACCAUGUUCCUUCCAAUGGACAUCGAAAUGAUUUAUUUUUUACAGAGAAGUCAAUCCCAACCACAGGUAGCCCAUCCGAACAGACUGUACAACCUCCAACUCCACCACCUUCCCCUGUACCAAAUUCAUCAAAUUUACCUUACCCAGAAUCAGUCGAUCAUAUGAAGCUUCAACUGGCUAUGACUCUUGAUACGAAGAUAGACAAACGACUAGAGCCACAAGUACAAAUGCAAACUACUUCUUCCAGACCAUUAGUUGCUGAUCAUAAUGGAGAUGUUCUGGUGGAUGUGGCUCCUUUGGCAGAGCAGGUUUCUGAAGAAUCAUCCUCCAAUAUAAAUUUAUUAGUUUCCAGUCACCUUGGACAAUUGGCAUCCUCAGUUGAUUCAGAACCAACUAAGCGACCAAAAAGGAAAUCCAAAACGAAGAUGAUGACUUCAUCUUCUAAAGUACCACAAAAUAUUAAACAGAAUAGCACAUCAUUGAUUAAAAAGACAUUGGACUCCUCUGAUGGAGAAUUAGAACUCAUUGACAGCAGUGGCAUUAGUAAAGCAAAGUCUGAAAUGACAAAAAGUAAAAGAACUGCUCCUGGCAAAGCUGUUGCCAGAAGCUCUCCUGAAGAUGGCAAAGCCAUUACCAGAACUGCUGCUGGAGUACCUUCCAAAAAGCCUGCUGGUGUAAAGCAGAGUACAAUACUCAGUACACGCAUGAAAAGCGAGAUACAAUUUAUUCAGGACAUUGAGAAUAGUUUAGCAGCAGAAUCAUUUGUUGAUGCUGAUGACGAAUGUAAGAAACAAACUUUGGAUGCAAUGCUUUCUGGGAAAAUUAGCGGACGGUAUAAUGAUGAAUAUGCACCUGUCUCCUCAGUAAAGAAAACAAAUAUACCAACCACAAAAGUAACACAACAUGAUAAAAAGUCUUCACCUAAAAGACUUUCAGGAGCAUUUGUGACACGGCCAAAAAAGGAAUUAAGUCAUUUAGUUCAAAAUAAUUCAAACUCAAAUUCUAGUAAACAAUCCCAGUUAGAAUCGGCCUCAAAAUUUCCAUCUAAUAGACCAUCAGAAGCGCGCAAAGGAGAUAUAUUGUUUGAUGAUUUUGCAGAAUGUAGUGAAUAUAUAAAGAAAAAGACAAAUUCUGUAAGCGAGUCAAGACCUAAAGACGAGGUUACUGAACCACUUAAAGCUAGCUGGCGUAGACGCCGUAAUAGCUAUGAACUAGCUAAUCGUGAUAGUUCAUCUGAUGAGGAGGAUAGUUGUACAACGACUGGCAGUGAAAGUACUGCUGCAAGUCAGGAACCAGUAGUUCCUCCAAAACAUUAUAGUAUAUUGGAUGUUGAUUUGAAUAUAUUAGACAAUAAGCCAAAAGCACCUUCUAGUAGUAUUGAUGGAAAUCUACUAGAAAAGUUAGCUGAGCGGGAGUUAGCUCACAUGAAAAGUUUACACGUAAAAAACAAAACUCCAAGUCAGUUUGAAGACGCAAAUGCUUCCAUGAAAUCUGAACCUAAUGAGGAAAAAAAUGAUAUCCUUCCAACAAAUCAAGAAGAUGUAAAAUCCACCCCUGCUAAACUGGCAAGUAAACCCAAAAAGGGUGUCUCACCAAAACAGUCAUUACAAUCACCUAAACAGCCAGCCAAGGUGAAAUUAGACACAAUGAUCAGCCCAAUGGAAUAUGAGAAAAUUGGACUGCGUCUAGCAGGUCAUACAAAUGCAUCGUUGUUAGGAACUCCAGAUGAAGAGGGUGAUCAGUUUUCGGAUGCGUUUGAGGAUGCAGAUGAAGAUGGAGAGGAAGGAGAUGUAUCUGUGGAAACCAAAGUAACACAUCAUCAAGCAGAACAAAUUGAUGAUGAAGAUGGCAGUGAGGAAAAUUCUGAUGACAAAUACCACAACAUUGAAGAUAUAGAGCAAGAUUAUCCCCCUGCUAGCGAGGAUUACCCCAUCCCUAAACUAGCCAUUGACGAAAAAGCAUUACAACGGGCUAUGGUAGAACUUGAAGAAGCAAUUGUGUCCGUUAGCCGUCAGAAAUUACGGAAAGUUCCAUCGAAUGCUCCAAGAUAUUCAGAUUCUCCGUGGGUGCUAAAGCCAGAAGUGGCACUUAAAAUGGAAGAGGAUGACCGGAGGAAAAAGAUAGCACAUGAAAGACAAAGAAGAAAACGUGAAUUAGAGCUGGCACGGCUACGUCAGCGAGUAACAUUACCAGAUGACUACGUUUCUAAUGACUCUGAAGAAACACCAACAGUUCAGUGUUACCAAAAAGAAGAGGAUGAAGAGAAUGAGGAGGGCUUGGAAAGCAGACUGCUUAUCUCCGGUAGUGACCCUGAUCACACUAAGCCUAAUUUUACCAAGAGACCGACAGCACAGGUACAAGCGCCAGACACCAUGAGAGCCCCAGAUUUACCUGUUACAACUCAUAAAGUAAAGGAAUCUCGUGGACCACAUGAUGAAGCAGCGCUUACAAAGGGGAUUAUAUACCCAGCAGCCUACUUAGGCUCAACUCAGCUACUCACAACCAAGACGCCUACCAAGAAAGUACGGAUGCAACAGGCUCAGGAAGCAGUCGGCAGGAUAAAGUCGCGUCUUUGGACUCGUUGGCAAAAGUCGCCUGAUGGGGAAGAGCAGCCAAGUACAGAGGUUGAUUUGUCGAUAUCGAUGGACAAAAUCCGUGUCCUUAAUGCAGACACUCAGGAGACCAUGAUGGACCAUCCACUAAAGACCAUCUCAUAUAUUGCCGAUAUUGGUAACAUCGUUGUAAUAAUGGCAAGGAGACGAGCCCUGUCAAAGACGCUUGGAGAGGCCUUGGAGGAGAGUGGUGUGUCCAUGGACGCUGAGGGGCGGUCACAGCCAAGGAAGAUCAUAUGUCAUGUCUUUGAAACAGAAGACGCGCAAUUAAUCGCACAGACAAUUGGACAGGCGUUCUCCAUAGCGUAUCUAGAAUUCUUGAAGCAGAAUGGGAUAGACGAUCCUGCCGUGUACGAGAUGGAUUACCAAGACGUUCUCAAUUCCCAGGAGAUAUAUGGUGAUGACCUCAUGUUAUUUUCAAACAAGGAAUGUGAGAAAGAGAUUCUCGUAAACAAGGAGCGUGGAGAGAACAUGGGUGUGGUGAUAGUGGAGUCAGGAUGGGGAUCAUUAAUACCAACAGUGGUCAUAGCAAACAUGUCACCGUUUGGUGCAGCUGCUAGAUGUGGAAAACUCAACAUUGGUGAUCAGAUCAUGUCAAUCAAUGGAACAAGCUGUGUAGGCCUACCACUGGAGAAAUGUCAACAGCUUAUUAAGUCAUUAAAAAGUCAAGCGUUGGUGAAAUUUAAUAUAGUAUCAUGUCCUCCAGUUACACAAGUAUUGGUCAAACGUCCAGAUACUAGGUACCAACUUGGAUUUAGUGUACAGAAUGGAACGAUUUGCAGUUUAAUGCGAGGAGGGAUAGCGGAGAGGGGCGGAGUCAGAGUCGGCCAUCGUAUAAUUGAAAUCAACGGUAGUAGUGUUGUUGCUGUCACACAUGAGAAGAUUGUAGAAAUGUUGUCUAACUCUGUUGGCGAGAUCCGGAUGAAAACGAUGCCAUUAUCUAUGUACAGACUGCUUACUGGACAAGAACUUCCAGUAUACAUCUGAACAAGGGAUUUAUAAAUGCUGCUGAAUUAUUUUGACAAGCAUACUGCAAGUUGAGUUCAUAUCAGCAUAUACUUAGUAACAAGCCAUUCGAUAUCAAAGUCAGUUUUGAUUGGUUUGUCAUAAAUCAGAUCCAGUGCAAGAACCCACAUAUAAUGUAGAUAUUGGUGGUUGCCGUCUGCAAUUAUAUAUCAGAUCCAUUGCAGUGUGUGAAGGGUUCUGAAGUAGCCAUAAUAAUCUGAUGGCUAUGUAGCUUAAAUGCAAAGAAAUUAUUAUAUUUUGUACCGAGGAGCAGAAAAUGUGAUCAUAAUUGAGCAAUUAGUCAUGUGAUCUUGCUUGAACUUGUGAUAUGAGCUAAUGUGUGAAAAGGUGUUAUGAUCAUAGGAUCAUUUUGUAGGUAUUUGAUCAAAAGAAACUGGAAAAUUACAGGUAAACUUGUGAUCAUAGCUGAAGAGAUGGUCAUACUGUAGAUAAACAUGUAAUCAUAUUAUAAGUGUGAUGAAUCUUUAUUUUGGGGUUGGGGCUCUGGUGGGGAUGGGAUUGGUAAAAAAAUAAAGCACUGAAGCUGAGAUGAUGAACUUGCAGCUGAUGUGUAUGGGUCUGUCAUUCCUCAUUGACAAAGAUCUCCUCCAAGGACUUAUCCUGGUGUACAUAUAUGAUAUACAAAAUAAGUGAAUAAUUGCAAUUGGCCUGUGGCAGGUUGUCCAUGGUGGAAUGAUGUAUGUAGUAAUUGCUAGAAGGGAUAUGCUUUAUAUACAACCACAGGAGUUGAUAUUCUUUAUAUACUUGUACGUUUAUAAUAUGUAGCUGAGACCCAUACAGCGAAUGCCUUGAUUUAGUUUAUCUGUAGUAUUGAAGCUACCUGAACAAUGUGUUGCUAUAUAGGUCUUGUGGGGCUAUUAUAUAUAGAGGAAAAUAUGCCAUUACCAUGAACUGCUAGUAUAUAGAAUCAAGGUGCUGUUAUUGAUUCAUAUUGAUCAUAAAGCAGGUGUGCUAUCCACUAAAAAUCAAUAUAUUGAUUACCAAUUAUUGAUUGAUCUCAUGGCAUUUAUUAUUUAGUGUUCCCCAUUUGAAGUGGAUUGAAAUUUGUGGAAAAGCACUGCAGUAACAAAGUGAUUAUAAUAACAUAACAGUGAGAGUAUGUAGAGUUGUGGAAACACGCAGUGAUAGCGCCCUCAUUGUAAGGGUUUUGGAUUUGUGGAGUAAAUGUUAACAUAAUUAGUGUCAAGAUUGUGCUUUACAAUAAGGUCUGUACACACUAUCAAAUUUUCUUUGACAAUACUCUGUUGUAUGCCCAUAUAUAGUCAUGAUGUGCCUAUAUAUGGUCAUGAUGUGCCCAUAUAUGGUCAUGAUGGCCUAUAUAUGGUCAUGAUGUGAUGUCAUCAUGACCAUAUUUAGGCAUGUCACAUGUUUUUGUCAAAUAAAAUUUGAUAUUCUGGACAGAGCUUAACACUAAAUAUUAUGAAGGAUGGCAAACAGGUGGUGGAGCUCAGAUUUGCAAAGGAACAACGUUUAAGAACAACAGACGUUGGCAAAUUUGUGUGGUGCUUUUUAGUUGAAGCAUGGAGCUAUAAUAGACUACAACUCCAUGGUUAGAAUUAGUAAAAUAUAGUUUUUUGAUCAUGGUAAAAAAGAAAUUAAUGUAAUAUAAUGUUUUUGUUACGUCCAUUAUGUAUGAUUGAGAAUUAUACCAGUUUAUUUAAUUAAUAUUUAUUGAUAAUUAUUAUAGUUAGAUUAUCCGUCAAAAAUAAUUUAGUGUACAAGUAAUUGAGAAUGAAUGGUGGAUGAGAGAGUGGGGGACGGUAGAGACAAGUCUGAAUGAGUAAUUUUUGUAUUCAGUUUUUAUUAUAAGUUCCAGAGGGAUAAUUUAAUACUCUGUACAUAGUCAAUAUACUGAAUUCCUUAAUCUUAGUUCCUUGACAAAUUAGUAAUACUGUAAACAUUCAAAAAAAUAAAUUAUUAAACGUUUAUUAUAAACGUGCAUUAUAAUAAAUCCCCCGUAUGAUUUCAUUUCCUCUUGCUGUAACUACCAAGUUAGUUUGCUUUAUUCACUAUUGUUAGUGAUCUUUAGCUUAUAACACAUUUUAUAUACUUUCUAAUAAUACUACUAAUAAUAAUGGUAAUAAUAGUAAGUCAUAAUAUAGUUGAUAGUCAGUGAUGAAGUUAAGUUUUUGUUUGUUAUUGGCCCCCAUAUAAAUUAUAGAGUUAUUCUGUUGCUUCCAAAAUAAUUAUGUCUUUAGAUGCAAAUAAACCCAUAUCAAUUAUA